AUCAUAUGAUUCACAUCUUCUCUAAUAUUUUAAGUGUCACGUUCUUCAAUUUCGGAUCAUAAGUAGUCCCAAGCUCCUUAAUUUUUUCAAACCUUGUUCAUAUUUUCACCUACAAAACAAUGGCUUCAGUGACACCUUCAAGCUCCUUCUGUAGCUACUUCAAGGUUUGCACCAAACCCAACAAUGGUAGAAUCAGAGUUUCCUCUUUUCCUCGCAUUCUAUUCUGUCAGAAGCACCACGAUGAUAUUCCCACCGACCAAAUCAACCGAAGAGAACUCAUAUUGAGAAGCAGUGAAAUAGCGACCAUUGGUGCUAUCUUCAACUUCAGUGGGAAAAAACCUGAUUAUCUUGGAGUGCAGAAAAACCCACCAGCAUUAGCUCUGUGUCCAGCAACUAAGAACUGUGUAUCAACCUCUGAGAAUAUCAGUGAUCGCACACAUUAUGCUCCUCCUUGGAACUAUAAUCCUGAAGGCAGGAAAAAUCCUGUGAGCAGAGAGGAAGCCAUGGAGGAACUGAUAGACGUGAUUGAAUCGACAACACCGGACAAAUUUACCCCAAGGAUAGUUGAAAGGGAAGAAGACUAUAUCCGUGUGGAGUAUCAAAGCUCAAUCUUGGGGUUUGUUGAUGAUGUUGAGUUCUGGUUUCCACCUGAUAAGGGUUCUACUGUGGAGUAUAGAUCUGCAUCUCGGAUGGGAAACUUUGAUUUUGAUCUGAAUAGGAAAAGAAUAAAGGCACUGCGACAAGAGUUGGAGAAGAAAGGAUGGGCAUCUCAAGACACGAUAUGAUGAUAAAUUCAGGCAGAAGUGACACAUUUCAUAGACUUUGUGACCUCGUUUACUUUAGUAAUUGAAACAAAUCUCACAGAAUCAUCAUUGAAAGUAAUUUUUUUCUUUGAUGAUUGGAACUAACCCCGUAUCUUCUUUGAAGUUCUUUAGUUUGGCCACUUGUUUACUCUUUCACUCAGUUCAAUCUGAAUCAUUCUUGUUUCAAGAAUUUUUAUUUGUUGUGGUGGAAAGUUUGUCUAUGCUUUUCUAAUUUAAGUUACAUCGAA